GACACUCCGUCGUACGGACAGGCCAGUGAGGCCGUGAAUAGGAGACACAAUGUUAAGCGGCAUUCUUCUCUUCAAUCAGAAGGGUGAGAAUCUCAUCUUUCGAGCAUUCCGCCCCGACUGUCGCCCUCGACUCGCGGACAUCUUUCGCAUUCAGGUCAUCUCAAACGCUCAAGUCAGAUCACCCAUCCUCACUCUAGGCUCGACCACGUUCAGCCAUGUCAAGCACGAGAACAUCUACAUCGUGGCGGUCACGAAGAGCAAUGCCAAUGCCGCCGUGGUGUUCGAAUUUCUUUACAGAUUCGUAGCCCUUGGGAAGCAGUACUUUGGGAAGUUCGAUGAGGAGGCUGUUAAGAACAAUUUCGUCCUCAUUUAUGAACUACUCGAUGAGAUCCUCGACUUUGGAUACCCUCAAAACACCGAUGUCGACAUUCUCAAAAUGUACAUUACUCCUGACAAUAUCUCCUCCGCAAUUCGUUCCGUGUCCGCCGCACCAAGCGAUACAUCCAAAAUCACAAUGCAAGCAACGGGUGCUCAGUCCUGGCGAAGAGCGGAUAUCAAAUACCGCAAGAAUGAAGCCUUCGUGGAUGUCAUUGAAGACGUGAAUCUUCUCAUGAGCGCUACCGGAACCGUGCUAAGAGCCGAUGUGUCGGGCCAGAUCGUCAUGCGAGCAUACCUCACUGGAACCCCAGAAUGCAAAUUCGGCCUGAACGAUCAACUGGUCAUCGGCCAAAUCACUCACGGUGUGGAUGGUCCAAUCGGCAACCAGGAGGGCAAUCGCAAGGCCACUCGAGCGGCCGCGGGAUCUGUAACCUUGGAAGACUGUCAGUUCCACCAGUGUGUCCAGCUGGGCAAGUUCGAGACAGAUCGAACGAUCUCUUUCGUCCCACCGGACGGCGAAUUUGAACUCAUGCGGUAUCGGGCCGUCGAAAACGUCAACCUCCCCUUCAAGGUACACGCUAUUGUCCGCGAAGUCGGCACCACAAAGGUGGAAUACAGCAUCGCCGUCAAAGCCAACUACGGGAGCAAGCUGUUCGCGACCAACGUGGUGAUCCGAAUACCUACACCACUCAAUACUGCCAGCAUUACUGAACGAACCACCCAAGGCAAAGCCAAGUACGAGCCGGAAAACAACUGCAUAGUAUGGAAGAUCGCGCGCUUUACUGGAGGGAGCGAGUUUGUGCUGAGCGCCGAGGCACACUUGACCAGCAUGACCAACCAGAAGGCGUGGUCGCGACCACCGUUGAGCAUGAACUUCUCGUUGCUCAUGUUCACUAGUUCAGGACUGUUAGUCCGAUAUCUCAAGGUCUUCGAGAAGAACAAUUACAGCAGUGUUAAGUGGGUUCGAUACAUGACCAAGGCUGGAAGUUAUGAAGUUCGAUUCUGAUAGAGUCGACACUCACGUUACCUCUCCCACUGAAAGAGGCUAAGAGCUGAAUCAGGGGGUGUGACUCCCUUGAUCAAUGAACAUUGCCCUGUCGCCGCCUUGGUUCGGUGCCCAAUUUGCUUGCGCCAUGCGCCGCUGAGUGAAACAUCAAUGAGCUGAUGACUACCCUCGAGCAGAUAGUCAGGCUGCAA